AUGGCGGCGGGGCCCGCGGCCGCCGCUCCCGGGGCUCCCGCGGUGCUGCCGCCCGGCAGGUGCCGCCGGCCGGUGUACCGUCCGUUCGACCGCUCCUGCCCGCCCCGGCCCUUCCCGGGGAACGGGAGCGGCGGUAGCCGCCCGCCGCGGGCAGCGGCCGUUGGCGUUGUUGGCAGCGCGGUGCGGUUUGGCGAGAUCCGCGGCGAGAGGCCACGCGUGUGCGGCGCGGGGAAAAGGGAACUUUUCCGUUGCGCUCUGCUGAUGGAGACUGCCAAGCUCAACCCCAUCAUCCGGGAUGUCUAUGCGGCCGCUGGCCGCGUCCAGCAAGCACCGGCCACCACCUCGGCGCGGAGGGGCAACGGCUGCCGAGAGCUCAUGGUCAAGCUGACGGAGGGGCAGUACGUGCUGUGCCGCUGGACCGAUGGGCUCUAUUACCUCGGAAAGAUCAAAAGGGUGAGUGGCUCCAAGCAGAGCUGCCUCGUCACGUUUGAGGACAACUCCAAGUACUGGGUCCUCUGGAAGGACAUCCAGCAUGCCGGCGUCCCCGGGGAGGAGCCCAAGUGCAACAUCUGCCUGGGAAAGACAUCGGGCCCCAUGAACGAAAUCCUCAUCUGCGGGAAGUGCGGGUUGGGUUAUCACCAGCAGUGCCACAUCCCGGUGGCGAGCGGCAGCGAGGGCCCGCUGGGGACACCGUGGUUCUGCCGCCGCUGCAUAUUUGCCCUGGCCGUGCGGAAGGGGGGUGCCCUGAAGAAGGGAGCCAUUGCCAAGACACUGCAAGCCGUCAAGAUGGUGCUCUCCUACAACCCCGACCUGCUCGAGUGGGACUCCCCACACCGGACCAACCAGCAGCAGUGCUACUGCUACUGCGGGGGCCCCGGCGAGUGGUACCUGAAGAUGCUGCAGUGCUACCGCUGCCGGCAGUGGUUCCACGAAGCCUGCACCCAGUGCCUCAGCGACCCCAUGAUGUUUGGAGACCGGUUCUAUGUGUUUUUCUGCUCCGUAUGCAAUCAGGGACCUGAAUACAUCAAGCGCCUGCCCUUGAGAUGGGUGGAUGUCGUCCAUCUCGCCCUCUACAACCUGGGCGUACAGAGCAAAAAGAAGUACUUUGACUUCGAGGAGAUCUUGGCCUUCGUGAACCACCACUGGGAUCCGCUGCAGCUCGGGAAGCUGACGGGCACCCCCAUCUCCGAGCGGGGCCCCCACCUUCUCAAUGCACUCAACAGCUAUAAAAGCAGGUUUCUGUGUGGGAAGGAAAUCAAAAAGAAGAAAUGCAUCUUUCGCCUGCGGAUCCGCGUCCCGCCGAACCCCCCCAGCAAGGUGCUGCCAGAGAAAGCCCCCGGCGUGGGCGAGAGCGGCUCCUGCGAGCUGAAGAAGAGGGGAAAAAGCAAAUACGUCCAUAAGGACGGCCUGCUGCCACGGCAGCUCCAGCAGCAGAAGCGGCGAGCGGCACGGCGCAAGAGGGCCAAGUUCCUGCUGGAGGAUGCCAUUCCCAGCAGUGACUUCACCUCCGCCUGGAGCACCAACCACCACCUGGCCAGCAUCUUUGACUUCACGCUGGACGAAAUUCAGAGCCUGAAAAGUGCCAGCUCGGGACAGACUUUCCUGUCGGAUGUGGACUCCACGGAUGCUGCCAGCACCUCGGGCUCAGCUUCCACGAGCCUCUCCUACGAGUCCAGCCGGAGGACCGUGGGCAGCCGCAAGCGCAAGCUGGCAGCGCCAGCCUACGCCUCGGCAGGGGCGAAGAGGAGAGGCGGAGAGGCAGGCGGGCGCCCGGCCGCGGGCACCCCCGAGGGCAGCGAGGCAGCCUGCGGCCCCGACCGCCCGGACGACGGCAUCGACAGCCACACCUUCGAGAGCAUCAGCGAGGACGACUCCUCGCUCUCCCACCUCAAGUCCUCCAUCAGCAGCUACUUCGGGGCGGCGGGCAGGCUGGUCUGUGGCGAGAAGUACCAAGUGCUGGCGCGGCGGGUGACACUGGAGGGGAAGGUGCAGUACCUGGUGGAGUGGGAAGGCACGACCCCAUACUGA